GAACGGCGGCUGUUACUGAUGGCGUCAUCGCAGCGACUGACGUUGCGGUUGCGCCGGGUUGUGGAGGGUGGAGGCCUGGUCGUCGUCGGGGCUGGAAUAUGGUACAGUUGUUACUAUGCAGCUGGAUGUUGCUGACUAGUGUUUCUAUGAGCUUCCUGUUCCAUCUAUCAGUUGUUCAGAAUGGCAAAAAACCCUAAUUUUCAAGAAGUUGGUCACCUGCCCACAAGCUACGUCCAUUGUAGGCCUUCAGAGAGCUUUACUGGCUAUCAAUAUCAUCAUUCCUCCAAGAUGAGUAACAGCCAUCCACUCCGUCCUUACACCGCUGUUGGGGAGAUUGACCAUGUUCACAUUCUGUCGGAGCAUAUCGGCGCUCUGAUGAAUGGGGAAGAAUAUAGCGACGUUACUUUUAUUGUGGAAAAGAAACGUUUUCCAGCACACAGAGUAAUCCUGGCUGCGAGGUGCCAUUAUUUCAGAGCGUUACUGUAUGGUGGAAUGAGAGAGUCUCAGCCUGAAGCAGAAAUUCCUCUUCAGGACACAACUGCAGAAGCUUUUGCCAUGCUGAUGAAAUAUAUUUACACUGGUCGUGCCACACUACGAGAUGAGAAAGAGGAGGUCCUCCUAGACUUCCUAAGCCUGGCACAUAAGUAUGGGUUUCCAGAACUGGAGGAUUCCACAUCUGAUUAUCUUUGCACCAUACUUAAUAUUCAGAAUGUUUGUAUGACAUUUGAUGUUGCCAGUCUUUAUUCCCUUCCCAAAUUAACUUGUAUGUGCUGUAUGUUCAUGGAUAGAAAUGCUCAGGAGGUUCUCUCCAGCGAAGGCUUCUUGUCACUUUCUAAGGCUGCUCUUCUAAGUAUUGUACUGAGGGACUCUUUUGCAGCUCCUGAGAAGGACAUUUUUCAAGCCUUGAUGAAUUGGUGUAAACAUAACCCCAAGGAAAACCACGCUGAAAUCAUGCAAGCGGUGCGUUUGCCACUAAUGAGUCUAACAGAACUGCUAAAUGUUGUAAGACCUUCUGGAUUGUUGUCACCCGAUGCCAUCCUUGAUGCCAUUAAGAUUCGUUCUGAGAGUCGGGACAUGGACCUCAACUACAGGGGCAUGUUAAUACCUGGGGAAAAUAUUGCAACAAUGAAGUAUGGAGCCCAGGUUGUAAAAGGAGAGCUGAAGUCUGCUUUAUUAGAUGGGGAUACUCAGAACUAUGACUUGGAUCAUGGCUUCUCUCGGCACCCAAUUGAUGAUGACUGCCGUUCUGGUAUUGAAAUCAAGCUAGGCCAGCCAUCAAUUAUCAACCACAUACGAAUACUCCUGUGGGACAGAGACAGUCGGUCUUACUCCUACUACAUUGAAGUGUCCAUGGAUGAGUUAGACUGGAUUCGAGUUAUCGAUCACUCUAAAUACCUCUGUCGGUCCUGGCAGAAUCUGUAUUUUCCUGCCCGAGUUUGCAGGUAUAUUCGCAUCGUUGGGACACACAACACAGUGAACAAAGUUUUCCAUAUUGUGGCAUUUGAAUGCAUGUUUACCAACAAAACUUUUGCUCUGGAGAAGGGUCUGAUAGUUCCUGCUGAAAACGUUGCAACAAUUGCAGAUUGUGCCAGUGUGAUUGAGGGUGUCAGCAGGAGUCGCAACGCCUUGUUGAAUGGAGACACAAAAAACUAUGACUGGGAUUCUGGGUACACGUGCCAUCAGCUUGGGAGUGGAGCUAUUGUAGUCCAACUAGCACAGCCCUACAUGAUUGGAUCUAUACGGUUACUGCUUUGGGACUGUGAUGAUCGAAGCUACAGCUACUACAUAGAGGUUUCAACAAAUCAGCAGCAAUGGACCAUGGUGGCUGAUCGCACAAAAGUUUCCUGCAAAUCCUGGCAAACAAUCACUUUUGAUAAACAGCCUGCAUCCUUUAUCAGAAUAGUUGGAACUCAGAACACAGCUAACGAGGUGUUUCACUGUGUGCAUUUUGAGUGCCCUGCACAAAGUGGUACCCACAAGGAUGAGGGUUGCAAGGAAGUGGCAACAGCAGAGGUGGGGACUAGUGAACAACAGCUUGUUUCUCGUCCUGCUCGAGCUGGGAGCACUAGUUCUUUGCAUUCUCUUCCUGGAUCCACCUUGCGUUCACAUGCUCACCAACCAUAAAGGAGAUCGAAAGGGAGCUUUUGCAGCCCCCUUGACAUUAUAUAAAAUUAUUCAGAACUUUCUUGCGCUGGCACCUUUUCUUUCUUCUCCACUGUGAAGAAAGGGGACCAUGUCUUGAAAUGCUGAAAUGGCAAAGGCUUUUCCCAAGGACAUGAAGUGACUGCUUCACUCUUCUCAAUUUGUUCAAAUCAGGCUGGUCUCCAAAGGGGGAGAAAAUAGGUCUUCAAUCUUCAUCAAGUACCCCAUUAACACCCUACCUCUCUAAUCUAACCAAGGCAAGGAGAACAAAAGGAAAUAAAAGGCAGACCUACAAUGAAAAUCUAAAAUGACUUGAGCAGAAUAGAAGGCAUAUGAAAUAACUAUUUGUUCCCUGAAGGCUUCCAUUAGCGAAGAAAAUGUUUAUGGAACACAUCAGUACAGAAUGUGUUAUUUUUGAAAGUUAUUCUUCAUUCAUAUUCCUUUGUAACCAGUAAUCUCUUUUUAAAAUUGUUUUAACUUUGCAUCCCACUUUCUCUCUUAUUUUUGGCUGCAGCAAAUGCUGUGCAGUAGAUUAAGGAAGCAUCAAACAUGUUUACCUGCUGAGAUGCAAAUUCCCUCAUACAUCAGUGGGAUGUCAAGAAAAGCCUUUAUGAUAUCAACAAACUAAUUAAUGGAUGCUGUAUUAAUCUCGAUCCUAGUUGGCUUUUCUGUGUGCAAAAUUGUCAUUUCUUAGAGUCAAAAGGAAAAUUUCAAAAUCAAAACUCUAUCUUGAGAAAAACCUGUUUUUCACUCGUGAAGAUGAUUACUUAAAUUUUACUCAUAUUUCUAAGACAACUUGCAACAGAUAAUCAAAACUUUUUGGUCCGGAAAGUGAAAAUUCAUCUGGUCACUGACAAGUAGUUGUUCAGAAUACAAAAGAAAGGAUUUGCAGAAGGCUAUUUUUAUCCAAGAAACGAUGCUUUACAGCCUGAAUCUAAAAAUUUAAGGGCCACACAUAAACUUUCUCAUAAUCUUCAUGGAGUGUUAUGCUUUUGCACUGUAUUAUAAGGGAUCUGGCUCUCAUUUUACUUCACAGAAUUAAUUAUCCAUCCAUGUCUGGAUUAAAUUGCUUACUACUUCACUUAUUCUAUGUGUUUACACAUUAAUGAGAAUGCAACCUCUCACUUUCCAGAUCCAGAUGACUUAGGAAGAGCUCCUUGUUGGCCUUUCAGUGAAAGUGUGUUUUUGUAUUAUGACAAGCACUGGUGUAAUUGGCAAAAUUGAUUAGAAGGGUAGUGAUUCCUCUCAAAGCAUCUUAUACUGGAAAUGUCAGCCAUCCAGUUUUAUGAACAUGGAAUUUCCUGCGGUGACAAAUAGCCUUGUCAGAAGAAAACAAAGCUAAUAUAGGAUAAAAAUGGUUUUCCUUUGCAUUACCAUACUGAUAAAAUGAGCUACAUAUCAAUAUAGCAAAUAGUAUGCUAAUUUAUCACAAUACGUAAUUUGAAAGAAUUUCCCUACUGUGUGCUGGUUGUGCUUAAAACUGGAAGAAAUACAACAAAUGGCAGCAAUGAAUCAGUAGAAGCAUCAUAGGAGAAAUGCUUUCUCUUUGUUGUUUCCAAUAAAAUUGACUAGACUUCAUCAAGAAUAUUACAGUAUUUUUCAUUGCCAAAUUACUUUUGAGUACUGACAUUUGCAUGUCGUCCCAUCCCUUCCCACUGUUGUCGUCUGUCUUGUGAUGUCUGUCAGUGAAGAUGCAUGCACACUACAUUGUCUGUCAUUUUUAAUACACUUCAUGGCUGCCUUAUGCAGCAUUGAGUUCUGAGACAGGAUCUUGCUUAUGAGCCAGUACCUAGUCUUGGUUGCCGAUUACCUUAUGGCUUAGCAGCCUUUGGAGCAUGAAAGAAUUGAGGCUAGCUACUGGGGAUGCAAUUGCUUUAUGUAAUUAUAGGUCCAAAAAGUUGGAUUAUUUUUUCUUUGAAAAGUGAAAACAGAUCUAGUUUAGUUUUAGUCCAUGCCAGAACUUACUGAGCUGAAUGGAGCAUGUCUUGUCUUUGGUAGUUAAGACCUUUUGUGUCAGUGAUGAUAUUUCUUUGCAGUUUGAUCAAACAAAUGUACGUUUUUCAAGUUGUGGACACGCAGGGGGUGUAACUUCCUAGCUGUUGUUACAGAAAAUACUUAACUUUUUAAAAAAGAACAAGAAAAAGAAGUUUGUGCCAGAUGUUGGGAGUUUAGGUGCUCAGAGAAAGAACAGGAUUUUCAGUUUGUAAUCUUUGAUGUGCACAAUUAAUUUUUUUGUAUACUAAUAAGCCUUACAGACCAUACGCUAUUGCAGAUUCUUUUUGAUCUUGCCCUAUGACUCACUGUUGAAGAGAAACGUCUAUUAAUUUCCCAUGGCAUUAGUGCUCUGCCAAGAAUCUGAAUGAACAGAUAAGAGAGAUUCUCAAAGCAAAAAGAAUCUUGUCCUAUAGAAAUGCCAAUUUGCACCCCCAAAAAUCAUUCAAAACAAAAGCCAGUAUAGCAGUGUCCUUUCUUACAGUCUUUAUCCCUUCCACAACUUAAGAAUGUCUACCUUUUUAUUCAAAGAAAUAAUGUUGAAAUGUCUAAGGGACCUGAACUCUGCUUGUUCUUCUAACAUCAUCCACUCUCAAACACCCCCAAUAUCUUUGUGGCCUAGUAUAGGUCUCUGCCUUAAACACAGUGCCAGCAAAAUAUUACUACUGGCAAAGGAUGACAUCAGAGAAGACUGAUAUAUACUUUUCUGUGAGUGUUCUCGUGCUUUCUAAGUAUUCUCUGCAUCUACUAACUCCUAAUAUGAGAUGUAGCUCUUGGAUGUUCUUCUGAAAUCUAGUUUUUUUUCUUGCAGUGGAAAUAAAUUGUGCUGUUAUGGCUUAAUAUCAAGGCACUUAUAAGCAACAGGGUUUAACUGAGUCAUGAGAUACUAUAAUUAUUCAGAACUGCAUGAUCACUUUCUUUUACUUGCAACAGAGGUUGAAGAGAAAUGACCAGCUGUUCGUUGCUUUUUGUCGGACACUAUAGGAUAGACCUGUUGUCAGCUUUCUAGACAAUAGAAUUAACUGUAUUGCCAAUAUUGAACCAUUUUGUUUAGUUAGUACUUCAGCCGUAGUUAUCAUUUGAUAUCUUUAAAUUCUCUUGUCCUCUUUUUCUCUUGUUUUUCUUCCAUUGACUGAAUUCAGAGUUGGGUCUAACUCAUAUGUAGCUUAACAGAGCUCUUUCUAAAUUCUCUUUAUUUAAUGCACUAAUUCCAAGUGAAUUUUAGAGAUUUUUAUUCACUGAAAUCUGUGGCCAAAGAUUGCCUUCAGCAAGAGUAAAUUCAGUAUUUGUAAAACUGAUUUAUGUGUGAAAAUAAGUUUCUAAAAUGAGCAAAAUUGUGCAGCUCUGCUUUCAAAUGAACUCUAAAACAAGUCUGAAUGACAACAAGAAUGUCAAUGAGAGAAAUUAAUCCAAGAGUUACAUAAAGGACAGUACAGAGGAAGAAUCAUCAGUGUUCUUAGGAAAGUAACUGUUUUUCAUUGCACUUUCCUUCCUUUACAGCUCUAUUUAAUCCUUUUCCCAUGCAAAUCUGUUUUGCUUGUUCAGUAUGACAGUUCAUGGUGGAGCUCUGUGUUUUUCAUUAUUGCUGAAAAGUUGAAAUGAACUUAAUGCUUCUUCAUCUUUACUAAUCAUAACAACAAAUCAGAGAGUCUUCAGUUUAUUACCUAACUUGAUUUCCAUGAGAGAAAAGAAAGCAAAUGAUAUCAGUAGUUUUCUUUUUACUUUAAGCAAAUUAAGUUACCUAGCCAAAUGCAUGUGAGUAUCUACUUAGUGUUCAACAGUGCUUUGUACAGAAGUCAGUGUGAAGAUCAGAAGGCAAAGUUAGUGUCAUUUUUGUCUGAUUCUUAUGUAAUCCUUCUGCUUAUACAGUGUCACCCAAUCAGAGACCCUUGAUAUGGAAUCAGAAUUCAGCUAAGUUCACAGGAAGCAGAAAAGCUCUGCAUCAUUUUUCCCCUAAGAAAAUGUUUGCUGGCUUGUCUUUUGACAGGUGAUGACAUACCAUCAAAUCAGCAAAUGAAUGCAUUUGUAAUUUGUUGUUGUGGUUGGAGCAAUCAGCAAACACCAGAGCCAGUGGUAUUUAAUGGAGUAUUUAAGAGUAGACAUUUAGACUUGUAUGUUAUUGUAGCAGUUGCUAGAGGAUAAAACUGUGCUUAGAAGAUAAUACUUCUUGAGGCCUGGUACCCUUUCCCUUCUCUUAACUGAUGAUGUGUUUAGGUUAGAAUCCUCAGCUGUCUCUGGUUGCCAGCUGUUGUACUAGUUAAAUUACAUGUCAGAGCUCCACAGGCUUUGUACAGGACACAAGUAAUAAAAAUACUGGGUUAAAUUCUGAAUGGAAUACCAUACUCAUAUACCAUAUACCAAUUUUAAUUGGAAUACCAUAUUCAUAUAUGUGUUAAAAUGGAGCUUAGUAGCUUAUCGUUUCACUUGAAUUUAGAAUAGGUUCCUAAAGCUCCUAAACUGAGAAAAACUAUGUGAAAUGUUAAUACUCUGUGGUAUGGCAGGAUGUGAGAUCACUUUGAUGGUUGCUUAAGAUGUGGAAAUGUCUAAGGUAUGGGUGAACACGUCCAAAGCUGGUUUUUCCAAAGUUGUUAGGAAUUGGUGAUUUGGCUGUAGUAAAGUUUAUAAAAUAGAGCAAAUCAGAUGCUCAUCUCAAAGACAUUUAUGCAUGUUGCUCCUAGGUAACUUGCAUGUGACUUGUGGUCUUUACACAGUGAGCUUCCAUAUGAAUUUAGCUGACUUCUCAAAAACACGUACAGACUUCUCAAAGGCCAUUCACAAGCUCCAUUGCAGUGUAGACUGAGGUAAUGUGGAAGUCACACCAAGAGUCCAUCACAGAAUUUGAGUCUGUUUGUCUUUGAAAAUGAUUACUGGAAAAUCAGUUAUAAAAAGCACCCUGCAAUUUUUAUUAGAGAAACAAAGCCUAAAUUAACAUAAUGUAGUAUAAUAUGAGGAAAAUGCAAGUAUCUGGUAUUUACACAUAGAUUGACUAGAUUUUCUAAUACUGUAUGUAUUUAAUCACUAUGAUGUACAUACAGAUGGUGGAAGUAAGUAAACAACCAGCUCUAUACUUAAGUAAUAUGCCCUUGGUAGUAGACAUUAUCAUCCCAUCAGGAAAUCAGAGAAGUUUUUCUUUUCUUGUUCCUUCCAGCCUAGUAGAAUAGCGUAGCUAAAUGUUCAGAAAUAAAAAAAAAAAUAAAAAAUAAUUGAUUUGUUACAUAAAUGUCCUGGGAGUUGAAGUUUAGAUUAUUGUAGCUAAAAAUCAGAAGGAGUCGUGACUUCUGUCUGCUUAGGUGUAAAUCUGCCUCCCCAGUGCCUCCUGCUGCUUCAGGCCCUGAGCUUUUGUAGUGGAAGGAGACAUUGUUGGUGCAGUGUAAGUACAUUUCUUUGUCAGAACUUUUACUCAUCUAUUUUGUGUUUAGCAUCUUGGCAUAUCCAUUCUGUUAGAAGAAGGUAAGCUGGCUUCUCAUGGCUUUCGAAGUUACUCAUUGUCUCCUGCAGACUGACAGAUACCUCACCACUACUGUCUGCAUUAAGGAGUUCGCAAAACUGUUAUACAACAAAUGCUGUAUGUCCAAACAGUACCAGCUGACCUUAAAAUAUCUUAAGCUGGCCUGUAUUAUUGUUGAGAUGAGAUCUUGCAUGUCUAAAACUCUGUGCCAUGCAAUCCAAGUGAACAGUAGUGGCUGCAGCUUCUUUCUGCAGAGGAAGCAGGGAAUUUGCACGCGUACCAGAAAUAAUUCAUUUUCUUUGUGUUGUUUCUGUUCUACAUCCCAUGUCUCUGUACUCCUGAGCUAUAAUUGCUAGGUGGUUUAUAAUCAUAAGUACCUAGAAUCCAAUAAGUAUGUUUAACAAUUGAUAUCAAGAACUUUUGUCUUUAAUGAAAAGUUUUAUAUUGUGCUUUUGAAGCAUGAUUUGUCCCCUGGAUUGUUUAUUAGUGUCUUCUAUAGCUGGAGUUGUGAGGAAGAAACUGGAGAAAGGCUGUUAUGUAGUUGCAUGCUUCUGUUUCACAAGUUGAAGUGACUUGGCAAAAAAAGUAUUUUUACAUGCUUUUUUUGUGUGUGUGUGUCUAUAAGGAGUCUGUAGUUUAACUGAAUGUAGAUGAUGAACCGAGGAAGAUGAUGAACUGAGGCAGUAAGAUUUUGUUCAUUUUAAUAGGAAGAACAACAUGAAGGUCUGAUCACUGUAGUCUGAGCUACAUCUGCUUGUUUCCUGUCCUCACAGCUCUUAACUUUUCCUACACGAUUCCCCCAGUCUGCCUGUUUCCCCUUUUCUUUUUCUCUCUAUCUGGAAUCAUAUUGCUGUUGCUGCAGUGUUUCCCGGAACUUUCCACUAAUCUGGGAUAUAUUAAGUAUUUAAAUUUAUUUAAUUGACUUUUACACCUUUUUCUGUUAUAUACAGAAUUCAGUAGCCUAGUCCCAAUUCAUUCACAUCAGAUUUAAAAGUCAGUUACUGCUGAGCUGUCAAGAGAUAGUGAGUUUAAUUUGGCUGUCUUUGGAUAUGGAAAAUACUAACUGCUUUCAAGCUUCUACUUUCAUAAUCUGAACUCUGUUUUCCUUAAGAGAAAAAUCAGUUGAGAUAUUUUCUGUUGAUUUAAGUAAAAGGUCAGGAUUUGUGUGGGCUUAUCUAAUUUAAAUCCAAUAUAAUUGUGUUUCUUGUUCAUUGUGAUGUUCAUAUAUGUUCAAUUUGUUAGUUGUUCAUUGCUCGAUGUUCCAGUUGUAUAUAGGUGUUGUUUUCUCAAUAAACUGCAUCAUGAAAAGUGAA